UAUUAUAGUCUCUCUCUCAGUUUAUAUAUAAUAACAUUAUCAUUCAAAGAAAAGAUAGAGAUAGAAGCAGCCUAUAGCUAUAUUUCACAACACAACACCACAAAACACAGACAAAAAUUAAACAUGGGGAGAGCUCCUUGCUGUGAUAAAGCUAACGUGAAGAAAGGUCCAUGGUCACCUGAGGAAGAUGCCAAACUCAAAGCUUAUAUUGAAGAGCAUGGCACCGGCGGCAACUGGAUAGCUUUGCCGCAGAAGAUAGGACUAAAAAGAUGUGGCAAGAGCUGUCGGCUCAGGUGGUUAAAUUAUCUCCGUCCAAACAUUAAGCAUGGUGGGUUCUCAGAGGAGGAAGAUAACAUUAUUUGUGGGCUCUAUUUAAGUAUAGGGAGCAGGUGGUCUAUAAUUGCCGCUCAACUACCGGGAAGGACGGAUAAUGAUAUCAAGAACUACUGGAACACAAGGCUAAAGAAGAAGCUCUUAGGGAAGCAACGCAAGGAGCAACAGACGCGGCGAGCCAGCGGUCUCAGGCAAGAGAUGAGGAGAGAAAGCGAGAGUUUAAUGGCUCCUGGGUUCAUGAAUCAGACCCCAUACUGGCCGACUGAGCCACCUGUAGUGAUGCCACUGGUGAAUGCACACCAAUCAGAUCCUCAUUUCAGGGACCAAGCGUCACUCAGGAACCUGCUGGUGAAGCUAGGAGGAAGAUUUUCUGAUGACCACCAGCAAUCAAACACAACUACCAUAACCACGAAUAGUGUUCCGUAUCUUUUCGAUCAUGUUUCUUUCUCCCAAGAUCAACUCUUUGAGCUCGCUUCACCAACAUCCGUGAACAGUACUACUGCUUCUCAAUUGCUAAACACUCAGUACAUUAAUGUUACUGGAGCGGCUCCGAUUAUGUAUCAAGGGUUUCAGAACUUCCCAUUAGAGCUAAGUGAUCAUCAUCAAAUGGCCUACAACAACCAGCAACAAUUAGAUGGAUUGGAGAGCUUCUAUGAGAUGAAUAUGGUGAAUGGUAGCGCGGGGACUAGUUCUGUGGAAAGCACGAGUUGGGAAGAUAUGAACUCUUUUGUCUGUCCAACAAUGGUUUCAGACUAUGAAACUUGUACUCAACAAAGCUUGCCUCAAUCUACCUUUGAAGAGUCGAGGUACUUCGGCCAUCAAUAGCAACACAGUAUGUGGGUGGGUGGUGUAAAUCUGUAUCUCAGUAGGAAAAUUUGGAGGUGGAAUAUCAUAAAACCUGUUGAAUUUAUUAAGAGAUUUGUUGUUAAUUUACCUACAAAUUUAUUUUGGUUAAUUUGUUUCUCAUAGUUUGAUUGGUGUUUAAGAAGUUAAAUCUGUCUUGUGCAAUCUUGUAUUCAAGAGCUUAAUCUUCAUAAU